CAAAUUAUUAAUUUAAAGCGCAAGUGUUUAAAGAAAAAUUAUUAAAAUGUCAUCUAAUAAUGUAAUGUUUCAUCCUAUUAUAUGCUCUAUACAAAAGCUUGCAUUAUACGAAACAAAGGAAAAAAUCUACAUUGUUGGCUCCAACAAUGCCCAAACUCGUUUUCGGUUAUUGAAUAUUGAUCGAAGAAAUAUUACAGAACUGAACAUUACUGAUGAUAAAAUAGAGUAUGGGUUUCGCGAUAUAAGUAAUCUAGUUAACAAAAUUACAACAAUGCACAAAGCUCGUGGGAGUACUGUUAAAAUAUUUUAUGCAUUUGGCAUAGUAGGGUUUAUUAGAUUCUUACAUGGAUAUUAUAUUAUUUUAAUUACUAAAAGAAGAAGAAUAGCAGAAAUUGGUUUACAUAUUUUGUAUAAAAUAGAAGAUACGCUCAUGGUUCCAAUAUGUCUGGAUAGUAAAAACAUUCAUCCAAAUGAACCUAAAUAUGUGAAAAUGUUUCAAAGUAUCGAUCUGAAAAGCAACUUUUAUUUUAGUUACAGUUAUGAUUUAACAAGACCUCUUCAAAAUAAUGUUGCCCCACCAAAAUAUUUUUCAUCCAAGAAAUCAUUCAACACUCCGCAAGAUGCUGAUUAUGAAAGUGACUCAGAGCCAUUACCCAACUUUGGGUCAAAAAUGGAAAAGUCAGAAAGAGUAGAUUACGGGUUUCGAAGAAGUCCUAGAAUGAGAUUUGUAUGGAACUCUCAUUUACUGAAACCAAUUGACCAAAUUCUUCAUCCUGAUUGGAUUUUGUAUAUAACUCAUGGUUUUAUAGAUCAACUACAUAUGAGUAUUUUUGGAAGACCAGUGCAUAUAGCUAUUAUUGCAAGGCGAAGUAAUAAAUUUGCAGGAACAAGGUUUUUGAAAAGAGGAGCAAAUUUUUCAGGGGAUGUAGCUAAUGAGGUUGAAACAGAACAAAUUGUUUAUGACUCAGGCACAUCCUCUCUUGCAGAAGGCAGAUUCAGUUCGUUUGUUCAAAUGAGAGGAUCGAUUCCAGGCCAUUGGUCACAAGGCCUUAUCAUAAGCGAUACAAAACAAGAUUAUGUUAUCAAUAAGAAAUUAGCGAAAGCUAAUCGUGUCUCUUAUGAAAUUCACCAUAUUCCAGUGGAAUUCCAGUGUUCCUGGAUAGCCAAUGUAAGCCUGUUCUUAAGCAAUUAA